GCCGCUGCAUGCCUACUUCCUCGUCUUAGGCUAGCCGGGUCUCAUAUCUGCAUCCAGUCUCACAAAUCUCAGCCUCAUCUUCAUCGGUGACCCCUCUGAAGUCUCUUGGUUCACUCAACUCUCAGUAUUGCAUUUCAAGUACGGUAUUUGUCUUCGUCUUUCCUAUCAAUUAUGCGUCCUUCGUUCCAUCCAGUGCUCGGUUCGCAUACACUCGUACCGGCGGAAUCAGCUGUUGUGCAAUGUCAGGAUGGCAUGGGCGCGACGUUUACGGCCCAUUUAUCCCAAGAGGAAUAUGAAGAGGCUCUAGCGAGUGGAGUUCGGAUUGAGGUUUGGACGAAUAUUCCCAUCGAUUCGCAAAGUGGUAGCGAGUGGAAUGCCAUCGCAUUCGAAGAAGUGGUCCAGGCGACCGAUGCACAGGACGCAGAGAAGAAUGAGUCACAGUUGUUGUUUAACGCAACUAUCGGAACAAAGUGUCCGUCACCCGUAUUUGACCAGGCGCAUGUCUACCAUGCCUCAAUCUCACUUCCCUGGGUCCCCGGCCGGGUGUAUGCGUUUACUUACCGCCUGGUCUAUCCAAGCGGUAUCUGCUGGCUUGGAUCUGACCGUGACAAUGGAUUACUAGAGCUCACUGUGGGCAAUGCCUUCUUCGAUGAGAUCGGUCCUUGGGAAUCGAAUGAAGGAAAGAGAGUACUUGCCGAAGAAAGCUCGGAACGGUUAACGGAAUCCGACGAAGCUGUAUUGAUCGGGAGACUAAACACGGAAGAAUGGACAUGGUCCGGUUGGGCUACGGAUGGAUCGAGAGUUUGGUCAUUGAGUGACACUCGUUUGGAACAUGUGCAGAAUGCGCGCCUAGCUUUUCUCAUCCCAGAUACGUCUGCUAGUUCGGUGUUGGUGCCCCAAAUCCACAUCCUUCGUACACGUUCUGGAAAGGCUCCGUUUUCUAUAACUUGUGAUGGCCAUGUUUUCCUCCAUUCCUACCGACAGAGCGCUGCCAUUGAAUACAGAGUGCACAAUUCCAUUCACGGGAAUGGCAUCGAGCACCUACGAGACGAUAUCCUGUCAUCUUGCCUCGCUCCACAGAUUUUCCACACGAAGGACACCAGCAUGAUUCUAUUCACGGCAGAUGGUGAUUCGGAUACGUCUGUUACUAUACACGUACAACCUCUAACGUCCACGCCAUUUUCGCGCCGCUCCAUCGUUCUCCCCAUCGAUACGCUGGGAUCCUUCGCGAAACACUCGCCUAUACUGUCUUUAUUCGAUUCAGAAACGCGACAUACCUUAUUUGUCGAUCGUUUCGAAUGCCCUAGGAAAGUGGUGCUCAAGGUUGGGGCAAGUGGGGCACGUGUAGUCGUCAGCGCCGUUUAUGACUUAACGGAUAACUCAAACUCAGCAUCCGCGAACUGGAAGAUUUCGGUACCGGAGGUUAAUGCUAGGCCAGACCGCUCUGUUGUUCCGGGAAGUGCAGAAAAUCCACUCCCAACACCACCAGCAUCUCCUCAGGCAAAGCCCCAACGGAGUGUAAGCUUCGUUCUACCUGCGGAAACCGACACAAGUGAUACGGUCAGGCAGCGAAGACGUGCUGAGCGGUCCGCUGGUACCUCUGAGAUAAAUAGCGCAUCUUGGGGGCUCCUACGCUCAGAGAGUGCCUUCGAGCGUUUUCAUGCUGCUUCUGGAAGUGACAAAAUAAGGGUUCUACUAUUCAAUGCGUUAAGGAUAUUAGCACGGUUCAUGGGCAUCGCUGUACUACGAUUCAUCUUGCUGGCACUUCGCCUGAUAGGCGGAGGGAAGCAACCGGAAGCAAAUCUUCCACAGGUAGGGGACGCACGCGAUGAGAGGCAUACCGCGUCAUCACCCCGAAAUGACUCCAACUAUGGCGAUGCGGCGGAAGGGGAAGCGUCUUCUGUCGAUUCAGAGGGUGAUGCGUGUUUUCGAGACAAUACAAGUGUGGAGGAGCCUUCGUCUGUACAUAAUCGGAGUGCCCACACCACAGAGGCACCCGCCGGUGGUCAAAGUAUCCAAGAACACCCCAUGUCCGGUACACCCGCAAUUGGACCUGUGUCAACGACGUUACGGUGGGUCCUGCCAGCCAGGAGCGCCACCCCGAUCAGACUUCUAGUCCGCUCUGACGCCACGCCGGAACAAGUUUCUAAGCAUUUAGCCAUUGAGCUUAAUGGUGAAGAUGUCGGGGCACCGGGCUUGAGCAUGUCGUACGCCGUUGACGAGAGGACGAGCGUAAUUGAGGUAUCCCCACCCAAACGUUUGGUUGAGUCGUCGACGUUACUAGUCGGACUGAGGGCUUGAAUAGUCUCUGCGGUCACGCGGAAUUUCUCUUGACUUGACUCUCCGUUCUGAGCUUGCUUUCCUUCAUUCACACACCCAUUGUACAACUGGUAGACUGCACGGUAUAAUGAUAUUGAAUACAUGC